GCGUAGAGUGACGUGCAAUCUGCUAUUGGAUAUCGUAUCGCCUGCGCAGAAGGCUUCUUGCAGAUAAAAUCUCACGACUCGCAGCACUAGAUCUCUAGUCUCGACUGAGCUCAACACUAAUCGUCGUUAAGUCCUAUCGUGUGUACGAGUACUGAGUUUCUUAAGUAUGGAUGACGAAGAUGAGACCUACAAACUGUGGCGCAUUCGCAAAACAAUAAUGCAAUUGUGCCAUGAUCGGGGAUAUCUCGUCACGCAAGACGAAUUAGACCAAACCAUAGAACAAUUUAAAGAACAUUACGGAGACAAACCCAGCGAGAAAAGACCAGCUAGAAGCGAACUUAUUGUUCUCGUUGCGCACAAUGACGAUCCCACAGAUCAGUUAUUCGUCUUCUUCCCCGAUGAACCAAAAAUUGGUAUUAAAACCAUCAAGACUUAUUGUCAGCGUAUGCAAGAAGAGAAGAUCCAUAGAGCAAUCAUUGUAGUUCAACAAGGUAUGACCCCAUCGGCUAAGCAAUCACUAACAGACAUGGCACCAAAAUAUAUAUUAGAGCAGUUCUUAGAAUCAGAGCUACUGAUCAACAUCACUGAGCAUGAGCUGGUACCUGAACACAUUGUCCUGACCCCAGAUGAAAAAGAAGAAUUAUUAACUAGGUACAAAUUGAAGGAAAAUCAGCUUAUGCGAAUACAAGCCGGUGAUCCAGUAGCGCGAUAUUUUGGACUAAAAAGAGGGCAAGUGGUAAAGAUCAUCAGGCCAUCGGAAACUGCUGGUAGAUACAUAUCUUACAGACUAGUCUGUUAAUAAGAAAAUAAAGAAAAAUUAUAUUAAAAACAGAUGACAUUUUGUAUAUAUGAUGACUUUUUGUACAUAUUGAGAGAAAAUAAAAAUGAAAGACGCUCUAA